AUGGGCAGAUGGAUACUAUCUAUCUAUUCUUCUAUUCAUAUCUAUCUAUCUAUCUAUCUUAGCCUUUUCAUAUCUAUCUAUCUAUUUAUCUGUCUCAGUCUAUUCAUAUCUAUCUAUCUAUCUCAGUUUAUUCAUAUCUAUCUAUCUAUCUAUCUAUCUAUCUAUCUAUCUAUCUAUUUAUCUAUCUAUCUAUCUCAGUCUAUUCAUAUCUAUCUAUCUAUCUAUCUAUCUAUCUAUCUAUCUCAGUCUGUUUCUAUCUAUCAUAAUCACUUCAUAUCAUUGUCUUUUUUUCUAUCUCUCUUAGCCUAUUUAACUAUCUCACAAUCAUGCUCAAUCAGUCUCUCACUUUUUCUCAUCUAUCUAUCUAUCUAUCUAUCUAUCUAUCUAUCUAUCUAUUUCAGUCUGUUUCUAUCUAUCUAUCUAUCUAUCUAUCUAUUUCAGUCUGUUUCUAUCUAUCUAUCUAUCUAUCUAUCAGUCUGUUUCUAUCUAUCUAUCUAUCUAUCUAUUAUCUAUCUGUUUCUAUCUAUCUAUCUAUCUAUCUAUCUAUUUCAGUCUGUUCAUAUCUAUCUAUCUAUCUAUCUAUUUAUUUCAGUCUGUUUCUAUCUAUCUAUCUAUCUAUCUAUCUAUCUAUCUAUUUCAGUCUGUUUCUAUCUAUCUAUCUAUCUAUCUAUCUAUUUCAGUCUCUUUCUAUCUAUCUAUCUAUCUAUCUAUCUAUCUAUCUAUCUAUCUAUUUCAGUCUGUUUCUAUCUAUCUAUCUAUCUAUCUAUCUAUCUAUUUCAGUCUGUUCAUAUCUAUCUAUCUAUCUAUCUAUUUAUUUCAGUCUGUUUCUAUCUAUCUAUCUAUCUAUCUAUCUAUCUAUCUAUCUAUCUAUCUAUCUAUCUAUCAGCCUGUUCAUAUCUCUCUGAGUCUCUAUCUCUUCUCUAUCGCUAUUUUUCUGUCUGUUCCGAGGUAGCUAGUAAUCAGAUUGUGAUUGUCUCUCUCCUCACCUCUCUCCCUCCCUUCAACAGCCGAUUCAUCUCUUUAACUUUCUCACAAUCAUGCUCAAUCAGUCUCUCACUUUUCUCCUCAUCUAUCUAUCUAUCUAUCUAUCUAUCUAUCUAUCUAUCUAUCAGCCUGUUCAUAUCUCUCUCAGUGUCUCUUCCUCUCUCUAGUAAUCAGGUUGUGACUCUCUCUCUCCCUUGCUCUCUCUCCCUUCAUCAGCCUGUUCAUCUCUCUGUCUCUUUCUUUAUCCACCUAUCUGUUCAUAUCUAG